AUGAGUUUCGAUAUGGCGAAUAACGAUCUUUUUAAACCACCUCUUCCUCAACACGGUGCGGAUUGUUAUAGUGCUAUUUCUCAAGAUAGUAUUCCUGUUGGUGGAUCAUCUACGGCUCUAGAGGGCAAUGCUACUCCUGCACCUUUUUCAAGGACUCUUUCAUCGAUUACUAGCUAUGAACAGGUGAAAAGGACAAAUAAGAUGCCAGAUUGCCAUCUCAAGAUAGUUGUUGUCGGCGAUGGUGCAGUUGGUAAAACGUGUUUAUUGAUUUCGUAUGUGCAAAGGAGAUUUCCAACUGAUUAUGUUCCUACUGUUUUUGAGAAUUACGUGACGAGGAUUCAGGGCCCACAAAAUAAAAUUAUAGAAUUGGCUCUUUGGGAUACUGCUGGACAGGAAGAGUACAGUAGACUGCGGCCUUUGUCCUAUUCCGAAGUUGAUAUUCUGUUAGUUUGUUAUGCUGCGAACAACCCGACAUCUUUACAAAAUGUGGACGAUUUAUGGUUCCCAGAGGUAACACAUUUUUGCCCCGAUGUGCCCAUUAUGUUGGUUGGACUAAAAUCUGAUCUUUAUGCAAAUGAUGACACCAGCAAUUUGGUUGAUCCAAGAGAAGCUGAAUCAUUGGCAUUAAAAUUGGGAGCGUUUUCACAUAUUCAAUGUUCAGCCAAGACUAGAAAUAACGUAGAACUAGUUUUCACCACAGCAAUGGAUACAGCACUACAUGAUACUUUGUAUGAGCCGAAAGACAAUUCUUCUGGAACAAAAAAUCCAUUUAAGAGGAAAAGUACCGCGGGAGGCAAGAAAGCCAUUCGGAAACAUAAAUGCAUUAUCCUUUGA